CCCAUGUUGGCGCCCCACUAGCUUCUUCGCCCUUCUCUUUAGCUGUCAGCAGCGUGCGUCGCACAUGCAAGCUGUGGGGAUGAUUGCGUCGCGGGGCUUUCGUGUGGAUGUGAAUGCAUCGCGGGCCAGUCAAGUGGGGAUGAAUAUGCGGUCGCAUGGAGAUGAAUAUGCGGUCAUGUGAGAUGAAUCUAGAGCGGCACGGUCAUGUGGAGAUGAAUGCAUGCGGUCGUGUGGAGAUGGAUGCAUCGCGCGGCGGUCGUGUGGACGUGAAUGCUUUGCAGGGCCAUCGUGACGAGGUGAAUGCAUCGCCGCGCGGCGAUCGCGAGGCGAAGUUGUGGUGCUUGGAUAAUGGCUAGGCUCGGACGCAGAGCCGUUCGCCACCUUGUGGUGCAGCCGCGACUUGCGAAUCGGAUUCGCGAAGCGGCGACGACGAGACGACGCCGUCGCCGGGCCUGGCAGAGCUGGCGGAUGUGAGUGGCGGCGGGGUCGAGGCGGCGGCCGCUGUGGCCUUGACCUCCGGAUUGAAGGAGGUACUACCAGAGGAAAGUGAGGCGAGCAAGCCAAGAAGCGAGGCGAGGACUCCGAGUGUGACACAUGUUGGUGCGGACGCCGGUGGUGCUACCACUACUGGCGGUGGAGAUAAGACUGACUCGCACCUGCAGGAGGGCGAGGAAGAGGGCGUGGCGGAUCCGAGACUGAGCAUUUUCUCCAUCCUCACCCUGUCUUGGCUGUCCCCGCUGAUGGCUGUGGGGGUGCGCCAGGUGCUGGGCCCGUGCGACCUCUACCCUCUGCCCUCCGCCUUCUCCGCCCAGCACCUGGGCGCGCAGCUCUCCGCGCUCCUGGCGCCGCGCACCCCGCAGCAGCAGCAGCAGCAGCUGGCAGGGGAGACGGGCGCGGAAGGAGACGGGAGAAAGGCGGAGGGAGGGGAGAGGGGAGGGGGAGCAUGGAAGGGACGGUUCUGGGUGGCGUGCCUGUGGCCGUUCAGGUGGCGGCUCGUGCUGGUGGCGGCGCUGGUGCUGUUGCAGUCGGGGCAGCGCAUCGCCACCGCCAUAGUGCUGCGACAGCUCAUUCGGUUUCUGCAGGACGCACAGGACCUGGGGGCAGGCGGCCCCGCCUGGCAGGGGUACGUGAUGGCGGCGCUGCUGGGGGUGCUGGCGCUGGGCUUCACGGCGGUGGACCAGCAGCUCUGGAUGCUCUCGCACAUCGCCGGUUGGAACCUCAGGGUCUCCUCCAUGGCCCUCAUGUAUCGCAAGAUCCUGUCGCUGAACGGGGCUGCGCUGAGUGGCAUCUCCACGGGCCACUGCAUCAACCUCAUGUCCAACGACGUGCGCCGCUUCGACGAGCUCCCCAUGUUCGCACAAUUCCUCUGGGCGGCGCCUCUGGAGCUGGUGGUGGUGACGGCGCUCAUAGCCCUCGAGGUGGGCCCCCAGCCGGCCUUCGCUGGCAUCGCGGCUCUCCUCGCCCUCAUUCCCCUGCAGGCUCUGUUUGGCCACCUGUUUGCCAAGCUGCGGCUCAAAACGGCCAAGUUCACGGAUGCGAGGGUGAAGAUGACUGGCGAGGUGCUGUCCGGCAUUCUCGCCGUGAAGAUGUUUGCAUGGGAGGCACCCUUCUCCACCUUCAUUCAGAGCAUUCGCAACCGCGAGCGCACCAACAUAGAGCGGGCGGCGUCCAUCAAGGCGUUCAACAAGGCAGUGAACUUCAUGGCGUCGUCCCUGGUGGCGCUGCUCAUCUUCGCCACGUACUCGCUGCAGGGGGGGCGCCUGCAGCCCUCCACCGUGUUCUAUGUCAUCGCACUUGUGCAGCUGCCCCGGCAGUGGAUGUGUGUGCUCUUCUCAAUGGGCGUCGAGCGCGUGGCAGAGGCUGCUGUGAGCUUCGCAAGGCUCGAGGAAUUUGUGCAGCUGCCGAGCAGCACUGACAGAAGAGAGGACGAAAGGUCGACACCAUCCAGUGACCAGCACAGGCUUGCAGGAGGGACGAAUGGAGGAGAAGAGAAGAGCGGUCGGCAAUUGCUGGAACAGGACCAGGCAGCUUCUCCUGUUGCUGCUGCUGCCGCUGUCAGUGGUGGUGGUGGUGCUGCUGGAGAGGGGGCAGGGCAGAGGGGCGGAGAGCGAAGGAGCGUGUGUGAGCUGGUGAACGCCUCGUUCGGGUGGAGAGUGGGCGCAGGCAAGUCAGUGCUGCUGGACGGCAUUCUGGGUGAUGCUGAGCUGCUGGGGGGGCGGCUGGAGUGCAGCGCUGGCAGAAUAGCAUAUGCUGCACAGAAGCCGUUCAUAAUGGCAGGAUCAUUGAAGGACAACAUCAUCUUCGGCCGUCCAUUUCAACAGCAUCUGUACGAUCAGGUGGUGGAGGCGUGUGCGCUGCGGCGGGACAUAGCGAGCUGGCCGAGGGGCGACCUCACAGAGUUUGGGGAGAGGGGAGUGAACCUGAGCGGGGGGCAGCGCGCGCGCGUGGGGCUGGCGCGAGCAGCGUACGCCAGGGAUGCGGCGCUGCUGCUGCUGGACGACCCGCUGGCCGCCGUGGAUGCCGCCGUGGGCACCCACCUCCUGCACCACUGCAUCCUCGGGCUCAUGGCGGGGCGGCCCCGGAUCCUCGUCACGCACCAGAUGCAGUACCUGCACAGCUGCGACCGGGUGCUGGUGCUGGAAGGUGGCAGGGCAGUGGCGCUGGGUCCGUCCGCUGCGCUGGCCUCACAGGGGCUGCUGGGGGGCGACGAGGGGGAGGGGCACGUGGAGGUGGGGGAAGAGCAGGUGGGAGGGGGAGAGGCGAGAGAUGAGGAUGGCUUCUUAGCUGCUGGUGGCGUGGAUGAGGAGGAGGGCAGAGGGGGGAGAGGAGAAGGCAGAGGAGGAAGGGGGGUGAGGGGAGGAGUGAAGGGUUCUCGAGUGGGACUGAAGCACCAGUUUUUGUUCUCUGUCGGGGAUGAUGAUGACGAUGACACUGGUGAUGCUGCUGCUCAUUUCAAAGCUAGCUCUCCGCGUUGUUCCAUCGACAUUCAAAAGCUGGACCCUCAGCAAAGAAAUUUAAUCCAAGAAGCCUUCACCGCAUCAGCUACCAUUGGACCUGCUGCUGCAGCCUCGCUUGCAGCAUCUGAAGCCCCUGCAGCAGCAGCAACCGAUGCAGCAGCGGCAUCAGAUGCAGGAGCAGCAACAGCAGUGGCAGCUGCAGCAGCUGUAGCAUCAGAGGCAACAGCAGCAGCAGCAGUAGGAGGAGGAAGCAGCAGCAGCAGCAGCAAGGGCAGCAGCAGCAGAAGGAGCAGCAGGAGCAGCAGGAGGCGAAGCUUCCAAUGGUCUUCAGGCUCCCUUCCUCCCUUUCAUGAAGACCCGUCCUUCCAAGCACUGCUUCUGCAGCGCCUUCGCAAGCUCACGAAACGUGACCCGUCCCUGCAUCACGGGCAGCGUGGAGGGAAGCUGCCACGAAGCCACAGCAUCACGGGCAGCAUGGGCAUCAUGGCCCUGCCAGGAGAACGAGCAGGAGGAGUGGAUGGGUUGAUGGAGGGUGGUGAGGGCAUGGAGGAUGAAGAUGUUGGACAAGGCUUGGUGCAGGAGGAGGGGAAGGAGGCAGGAAUGGUUGGUGUGGGAGUGUAUCUGGGAUAUGCCAAGAGGGUCGGUGUCUUGCGGUCGCUGCUGCUCCUUGUCCUCCUUGCUCUCGGGCAAAUCCUCGCUUGUGCUGGCGACUGGUUCCUCGCCUUCUGGUCGCAGAAGAAGGACCAAUCAUGGCCCUACACUCUCAUGUACACAGGCAUAGUGCUGGCAGGGGUCGCCCUUUCAUUCGUGCGCUCCGUGCUCUUCUUCCGGUGGUGCGUGCGCGCCGCCUCGCGCAUCCACGCCGCUAUGCUGGCGGCUGUGCUGGGCUCGCCGCUCGCCUUCUUCCACGCCAACCCCAUCGGCCGCGUGCUCAACCGCUUCUCCGCUGAUCAGGGCAUCCUGGACGACCAGCUGCCACUCACGCUCUUCAACUAUGCUCAGGAGCUGAGUCUGGUAGUGGCGUCAAUAGUGAUGGUGGCGCUGGGCCUGCCGUGGGUCCUCCUCGCCAUGCUGCUCGUCUUCCUGCUCUUCCUGCGCCUGCGCUACAUCUUCGUCUGCACCUCCCGCGAGGCCAAGAGGCUCGAGGCUGUCACUCGCAGCCCUGUCUACGCGCACUAUGCUGCCACCAUCCAGGGCCUGGCGACCAUACGGGCGUUCGGAGCACAACAGCAGGCGGAGGGCACCUUCCACCGGCUGCUCAACGCCAACGGCCGCGCCUUCUACUGCUGGCUCGCCGCCUCGCACUGGAUGGCCUUCCGCCUCGACGCCAUCGUCUCUCUCUUCGUGCUGCUCGUCGCCACGCUUGCUGUCGCUCUCAGGGCGUCCCUGCCACCGGGGCUGGUGGCUCUGGCGCUCAGCUACACUCUGCAGCUCUCCAAACGGCUGCAGUGGGCCGUGCGGCAAGGGGCCGAGACUGAAAACAUGUUCACGGGGGUUGAGCGCGCACUCUACUAUACACACUUGCCCCAGGAGGAGGGGGAAGGGGGGAGGCGAGGAGUGGGAAAGAAACCAACUGUUGGAUUUUGCGCCAAGUGGAAAGAAGCUGGAAAGGAGGGGACAGGGAAAGGGACGGAGGGAGAGGAGCGGCAGGUGGUGGGUGAGUGGCCGAGUGAGGGGGCGGUGAGUGUGGAGGGGGUGACGGUGCGGUAUCGCCCCGGGCUGGAGCCAGUGCUGCAGGAUGUCACCUUCCAGCUGCGCGGCGGAGAGAAGUGCGGCGUCGUGGGGCGCACUGGCGCGGGCAAGUCCACACUAAUGCUGGCGUUCUUCCGCCUGGUGCAGCCGACCAGCGGGCGCAUCCUCAUCGAUGGAGUGGACACCUCCUUCAUCUCCCUCACACGCCUGCGCCACAGUGUCAUGGCCAUACCGCAGGAUCCCGUACUCUUUGGCAGCUCCCUCCGAUUCAACCUCGACCCUUUCCAGCAGCACCCGGACGCAGCGCUGUGGGAAGCGCUGGAUGCGGUGCAGCUGAGGGGAAUGGUGGGCGGGCUGCAGAGGGGGCUGGAGGCGAGCAUGAGCGAAUUUGGGGACAACUUCUCCGUGGGGCAGCGGCAGCUCGUGUGCCUCGCACGUGCCAUUGUGCAGCGGAGCCCUGUUGUGCUGAUGGACGAGGCGACGGCGAAUGUGGACUUGGCAACAGACGCACUCAUCCAGAGCACCAUCCGGCGGCAGUUCGCCGUCAGCACCGUCAUCACCAUCGCGCACCGCCUGCACACCAUCAUCGACGCCCACAAGGUGCUGGUUCUAGAGCAAGGCCGAGUGGUGGAGUUUGCAUCGCCACGGCAGCUGGUCGCAGAUAAGAAGGGUUCCUUUUCCCGCAUGCUCUCCGAUACUGGCCGCUCCGCAGAGGCCUCGCUUCGCUCUUCGUUUGCCAGAGAUGCCUCGCCUGAGGCUGAAGUAACAGAGGAGGGCCCCUCUUGAAAGCUACAACGAUGGUGCCCCAUGAUUUGUCUCAACUGUUUGCAUCUUGGAGGAUCGAGUUGAGGGGGUGGCAGUAUGCAUUUUGGGAGGGUUGGGGUUUAGGGAAAUAAUGCAUGGCUUUGGGAUGCUCCGUUGCCGAAGGCAAUGCGUACUAAUGGUAGCCCUGGGAGAAGGCACCCCCCGCUUGCUUUUGCAAUUUCUUAUCUACCAUGAAUAUGUUAGAAUACGAGAAUGAACUAGAAGCAAGUGUUAAAAUUAUAUAAGUUAUAAUUUAAUAUAGGCUUGGUAGGUUG